GUGGGAAUGAAGCAUAUUUAGAAAUCCUAACCUCAGGCUCUGUGCAUCUGUGGGUAUCUGUAGGAAAGAUACUUUGGUUUCAUGCCUGUGCCUGCCUUUCCUCACCCCUGCCACCAGCAUUUUCCCACGGAGCACAUGUCUGUCUUGAGCUGCAGGGUUUAGCGGUUUGCCAUCUUGUCUUGCCUGCAGUUGUGAUGCAGCUAAACCAUUCUUCUUUCCUUCCUAUAGCCUUGACCACUUUUAAGCAUUGGGUGUAUUUAUGUCUCAGGUUUAUGAAAGACAAUUAUAAAAUAUCAGGAGAUCAUCAUAAGCUUCUGUAAUAUCUUGCAGUCCUGAGUCACCCACAAUUAUUUUUUAACUGGCUGGGAAAAAGGAAUGCUGGUGAUUUUUUAAAUAGACAUUCAGUAAAACUCUAGAUAUUUCCUAAUCCAAAUUCACUGUGUCCUUUUUGCUUAAGUCAGGUAUUUUGGUUUCUCUAGCAGAUGCAGGGUCCCCAUAAAGGUUAUGCUGGUGAGGUAGUGAUAGAAAAGUAAAACAGAGCCUGAAAGCUGGAAACUUCAGCAAAGCACGAAGACACAGAUGAGCGAUGUCACGUCUGCUGGCUGUUGUCAUUGCUGUCUGCUGUGACCUCACCUCUCUGUGUUGAGAGUUAACAUUUAUGUUGACACCAAAGUAUAAUAUCUGUUACCUGUGUUAAUUAUGGCAAAGAGGGCAUAGAAAAGAGAUUUCUGAGUGUCUCCUGUGGAGCUUGAAAAUUUAUAUGUGUUGGUUGAGAUAGAUCAGCCUUUACUUGAAUAGGAAAGGGUCUUGGGAUGGGUGCCAGGGCAGGAUCGAGGAAAGCCUGUGACCGUGCUGCACUUAUCGUCCCUGUGUGAUUUGCCUAGAUAAAAACAAGGCAGUAAGAUCUAUCGGGCAUUUUCAAUGGGAGUUCUUUUGUCUAGCAUCUUGUUGGUUGUUUAUAUUUUUCCCCAGACAAGACUGAAUGAGGAGGUGGCCCUGGGACAUGGUAGAUGGUGCGGUUCACUGGGGAGAUGUCAUUGGCCCCACUCAGGGUCAAUAUGGUCCCAGACUGCUGGCUGCAACCCCACCCUGUCCUCUUCUGCUCAAGAGAACAUGCAAGGGACAUUGCUAAGUGGCGACCUUGGUUGUAACCCAGUGUUCAGUUAAUUAUUCACAAAGGCUGGCUCUUUUUAAUUACCAAUUGUGCAUCCCUUCCCCCUCCUCUGUGCACAUCUGUGUGAUGAGGCAUAUACUUCUUCCUGGUGGAGAAGAACAGCAGAGAUGUCUCCCAGGUGAAGCCUACAGCCCGCCCAGUCACCAGCACAGCACAGUGACUUGACUGUCUUCCCUGGCUCCCUUCCCCAUCCAUGGCAAGUGGCAGCCCAGUUCUGGCCCACCUCCUGACUGCUUCUCUCCCUGAUCCUGGAGGUGAAUGUGGUCAACUUGUUUCCCUCUCACACUGUAGCACUUGAACAGGGCAAUACUGGAUUAUAGCAGAGGUUCUCAGACAUUAGAGUGCUUAAAAAUCACCUGGGAGGCUGUUUGAAAUGUACACUUCUUGUCUGUAUGCCCUGUUUGCUGGAUCUGAUGUGGGCCCAGGACCCUGUUUUCCAGAAGGGAGUCUGAGGUUGGGGCAGCCUGAAGACCACAUGUAGGAAGAACUGGACAUGUGGGCUUUCAUGAGCCAGAGUUCUGCCAAGAACUAGAAUCUGCAGGUGGCUUUGGCCAGUCCCACUUAGAGGCAAGAAGAGGUGUGGAUGGUAGAGAACCUGGAAAUCACAUAGUCCCCAGGAUGAAAGUGGGACUCUUGGACCAGAUCCUUGUUCUCUUCCUUUUGUGAGCCAUUUCUACCUACCUGUUUUCAGGGUCGCAGGAGGUUCACUUUUCUCUCACAUGGCACCUAACAUAAUGACUUGCACAUGAUAGAUGCUCAACAAGCAUAUUGAAUGAAUCAGUCAUUUAGAUUGUAAAUUAAAUGCACCAGAUGGGCUGGCUGUUUAUUUAUAACUAACCAUGUUGAGAGUUAACAUUUAUGUUGACACCAAAGCAUAAUAUCUGUUAUCUGUGUUACUUAUGGCAAAGAGGGCAUAGAAAAGAGAUUUCUGAGUGUCUCUUGCGGAGCUUGAAAAUUUCUACGUUAUGGUUGAGAUAGAUCAGCCUUUGCUUGAUGCAUUUUCAAGUCUUUUAAGUUCUGAAGGCACAGCAAGAGAAUUUGGUGUUGAAGGUUUGGGUUUGGAUAAUGUUUUCAAGUAUUUCAAUAUACCUCUAUUUCUAAACAUUAGUAAAAAUCAUGCCUCAUGCCUGCCAUCCUUAGCUUCAUUUUUUUGUUUCUGAAAUGUGUAUCUCUGUAUACUAAGAAGUCUCCUAUGCUUCCUGCAAAUGUAGGAAAGUCAACUGCUCAGCAGAAUGUGCACAGUGUAAGGCUGUGCCUUGGGGAUCAGGCGUCGUGUGCAGUGUGAUGCACAGGCAGGCUUCAGGGAGGCUUGGGGACAGGCCUCAGGAUGGUGUCCUGGAGGGCAGGUGACACCUGCUAAUGAAGCCAGUGGAGUGGAUGCGAGGCCACCUCAGACCCUGAAGCUGGGCCUGUUCCUCAAUGCUGAGGCCACAGGUCUGUGUCCACAUGUUUUCUUUUGCACUAUGGGAUCCUGCCACACAAGGCAGUGCCCUCAGCCCUUUGCAGACAAGUCAAACACGGUUGUCUGCAGAGUUUGGUGCUGGGUAGGGUGGUCCCACCAUAUCGCCCCUUCCUUGGUCAUUUCUCUGUAACUAAUCAGCCAGUCCCUGACCAGCCCAGCAAGAUCGAUUUUUCCCUCUGGAUAGGCUCAUUCCUCUUUCUUAUGAAAAUUAAUCUAACCCACAGAUGAAGUUUCCUUUAACCCAAGUUUUUACACUUAAUUUUCUCAGCUUCAAGCUUCAGAGGAAAUUCCCAGGCGCAUCUUGACAUGGCUGCUUUGCAUUGAGGGGGCUGUGUGGUUUGAGUGUGAUGAGCCUGGAUAUCCUUCUGCGUGGUGCUGAUUUUGUUCCCUUAAAUGGUAUGGGUUUGGCAGCAAUGUUUCCAGGUGUCUUUUCCCAGAGAACCGCUUAUCUCCCCGACUGUCACCUCAGUCUGCAUGAUAGGAGGGCUCUGAUGGCCCAGGGAUGUGAAAGUGAACCACCUUCAAUUGCCAAGCACUGCUGGAACUGUGCACUACAGGAAGUUGAGGGGGCUGGGGUAGGGAGCAGCACCUGCAGGAGCCAUGCUUCAGUGGGUCUUAAGAAAAGCAGAAGCUGGAAUCUCAGGGCUGAGGCCCCUUGAUAACUAGGACAGAUCGGGUAAUAAAAAGGGGUACAGAGACAUAGGCUACCUCUUCUGGUUCCAUGCCAAGCUAGAAAAUGAACACAGAUUUAUGAGAUAAGGGUAAUAUAUUUAAGAACACAGUCUUACAUAGAAAAAACUAUUUUCCCAAAACGUCCAAGACAAAUUUAUAUAUCUUUAUGGAUGAGGUUGGGUCUUUUCAGGGAAGAUCGGGGAGAUGGAAGGGAAAUUACCUAUCAUCAGUACUCAUUAUUCAUGGAUUCCAUAUUUCCGCAUUCACCUACUUAUUUAAAUUUAUUUGCAACCCCAAAAUCAAUAUUCACAGCACUUUUGUAGUCAUUUGUGACAUGCCCAAAUCAGUGACAAAUUUGAGUCACCCAACACAGAUGCUGAGGUUGCAUAGUGACACUCUGCUUUCUUGUUUUGGCUCCUAUAAACACAUUUUCUUUUGUCAUGGCCCAUUUAGUCCAUGCUUUUUGCGUUUUUGUGCUUUUUGGGGGGUGAUUUUGCUAUUUAAAAUAGCCCCAGGCUCAGUGCUAACAUACUUAUUGUCUGGUGUCUCUAAGUGCAAGAAGGCUGUGACGUGCUUUACAGAGAAAAUAUGUAUGUUAAGGAAGCUACUUUCUGGCAUGAGUUACUGUGCUGUUGACCAUGAGUUCAAGGUUAAUGAAUCAACAAUAUAUAUGAAGUAAAUAUCUUUAAAUAGAAAUACACAUAAAACAAGGUUCUGUAUUGACUGAUUUCACAAAAAUGUUGUAACCAGAGGAUCACAAGAACCUAACCCCAUAUUUCCCUAGGAGCAACUGUUCAGGAUUUGCAAAUUCAAUUUUCAUGGUAACUUUAUAGAGCAUAACUACUGUGAAUAACAAGAAGCAACUGUAUUUUGUUUCAUACGUAAGAUGGAAAGAGAAUAGAGCCAGAAGUAGUGAUAUUGAUGAGAUUAAGAGAGGGCAAAGAAGAGAAAGAAAUGACACUAUGAAGAUUUAUGAGUUAAAAUGUUAUUAGUGACAAUAAAUUAACCUGAACUUUGGCAUCAGCCUUUGAUCCUGGUUCCCAUAAUCUGUAAGUGUGAGGUCCAGAUACUGUGGCCUCUAACCAUUUUCUACAGGUAAACGUGGACAUGAAGGAAGAUAGGUUGAGGCAGGCAACUUCCGGGAGCAUACCCUGGGCUCAGCUCCUUCCUUCCUAACCUCUAUUCUACCUCCACUUACCUCUUCAAUGCCAGAAAGUCUUCUUCUGACUCUGUGGGAGCCCAGCUUCUAACACUUAGCUCAUUCACUCACCAGCCUUUGCUGUCAACAGUUCAUUCACAUAUUCAUUUAAAUAUCUAUUAAGCACUGUUUCUUCUCUCGCCCAACUCCAUUGCACAUGCUGUAUUAAUUAUCUGUUGCUACAUAACAGAUCAUUCUAAACUUAGUGGCCUAAAACAAUAAUCACUUAUUAUUGCUCAUAAUUUCUGCAGGCCAAGCAUUUCGGGCCCUCUGUAGGGUUGCAGUCAGGUGUGGGCCAGGGCUGCAGUCUCAUCUGAAGGCUUGACAGAGGAUGGAGGAUCCUCUUCCAAGGUGACUGCUUGUACGGCUGGUCACUGAGUGCCAGCUAUUAGCUAGGGGCCUCAGUUCAUUACCAGACGAGCCUCCCCAAAGAGUUGCUUGAGCAUCUUUCCAACAAAGCAUCUGCUUUUUCCAGAGUGAGCAAUCCAAGCCCUGAGGAAAAGUGUUAAGGGCUUUCAUGAGCUAGCCUCAGAGACCCCACAUUGUCACUUUGCAGUCAGCCACUCUGUGUUCAAGGGGUGGGAGUACCAGGAAGUGAGGAUUGUUUGGCACCAUCUUGGAGGCUGCCUGCCAUGUAUACAUUUUAACUCUCCAACAAAAUUUGAAGGCUGAAGACCCAUACUUAAAGUGGCCUUGUUCUAGGUGGUAUGGAAGAAAAUUGUAAACAUACUUACACUAAUGCGGUGUCUAUUCUAGUGGGUUUGGGGAACAUAGACUAGGAAAAAGAAAAAGAACUAAAACUCCAAGAUGGACAGGGAGCUGGGUGGGUUAGUGUUAGGUGGGCCUGUAGAACUCAGCCCCUCUUCAUCAUGUUGGCAUUCAUGCUGGCUGUUCCUCUGUAGGAGAUGAAUUUUUCCUCUGCCAGAGGGAUGGUCUCUGGACAGCUUGUUUCUCUGCUUGCCCGGGUGUGAGCAUCUGUGCCUAAUCUUCCCAUCAGACUGCCCCUAGAAAUAUGACUUCUUACUUAGCUCAGAGGGUAUCUGAAACAUUGUGCUUAUGGUGGCAAGCAUGGAUCUAUUGCUCUCCAUCUGUAAAGUUGCUGCCUGAUGAGGUAGAACUAUGUAAAUGAUACUUUCCCAACUAAACGCAUUUUAAAGGGCAAAGGUUGUACAGUCAGCCUUAGUCCUGACAUAGGGGAAAUGGACCAUGGAAGUCUGGUUGGAAGAGAAGAUUGAAACAUGCCAGUAAGUGCAAAAGGAUACAGUACAAUUCAAAUAAAACAUAUGGAAGACGUGAGGAUGCUGGUGGGAUAUGACAGGCUCAUCCAUUUCUGUGGGCUCCAGGAGGGUGGCUGGCAGGGCUCCUUGGGUGUGGGGCAGAAAGAAUCAAAGCCUGUAGAAUAAACCUGGCUCCUUUCUAGACUGAAUUCUUCACGUUGUGUCAUAUGCAAGGUAAAGACUGACUGGGACUAGAGAGGAUUUUGAGGUAAGGAAGCAUUGUCUUUGGUUCAGUCUAAGCCUCCAUUGACUUUCUCUACCAUCUUCAGGUGGGGGUGGGCAUGUCUGUCUGUCCCCCGACCUCAUGCACACACAUGUACACACACACACAUGCCUUCUUUUGACAUGUGGGGCUGCCCAUGCUUUUCUCUUUUCUCUUCUUCAUCUCACCAUGACUUAAUCCUUCUCUGUUCUAUUCAAAGUUCCCACUUGAGAGGGUCCAGUUGCCCUGGCAACCCCUUCACACUCCCCAUUCAUGACUGCAAUUAAUUACAGUGGCUUUGGUGUACUGUCAUCCCCUUUUACUGGUGAGGAACUCUGGUGCUGUGGUGCCCAGGUCACAGGGAGCUGGGACGGGUCACCAGCAUUCUUGAUUCUUACCUCCGCACCCCUGGCUUUGCUGCUCUCUGGGCCAGUAGAACCACCUCUAUGGGGUUCCAUUCCUUUCCAGCCCUCCUUGCUCUUUGUUCUUGGUGAUGAUGUUAACAAAUUAUAUAGGGGAAUAUUUGCUUAUCUAAUUUAUUGGUAAAAAGGCUAGAACAAGCUUACCCAACCUGUGGCCCAAAGGCCACAUGUGGUCCAGGACAGCUAUGAAGGUGGCCCAACUAACGUUUGUAAGCUUUUUAAAAACGUUAUCAGAUUCCUUUCCUUUCUUUUUUGUAGUUCAUCAGCUAUUGUUAGUAUAUUUUGUAUGUGACCCAAGACAAUUUUUCUUUUUUCAGUGUGGCCCAGGGAGGCCAAAAGAUUGGACACCCCUGGGCUAGGGCAAUAGAAGGGGCACAUCAGAUUUGUGUCCACAACAGCUGACACAGUGGUUUUCAGUCAGGGGUCUCAAAAGAGCAAGGGAUUUUCAGUGCUUUGAGGAGCUCACCUGACACCUGAAGACCCUCCUUGCUGAAACGCGACCUGCACAGGUGGACACCUGCGCAGGUGUGCGCCCUCUGGCCCCUGAAGCAUGGCCGGCAGCAGCAUGGCUGACAGUGCCAACCACCUGCCCUUCUUCUUCGGCAACAUCACCCGGGAGGAGGCAGAAGAUUACCUGGUCCAGGGGGGCAUGAGUGACGGGCUCUAUUUGCUGCGCCAGAGCCGCAACUACCUGGGCGGCUUUGCCCUGUCCGUGGCCCACGGGAGGAAGGCACAUCACUACACCAUCGAGCGGGAGCUGAACGGUACCUAUGCCAUCGCCGGUGGCAGGACCCACGCCAGCCCCGCUGACCUCUGCCACUACCACUCCCAGGAGUCCGAUGGCCUGGUCUGCCUCCUCAAGAAGCCCUUCAACCGGCCCCAAGGGGUGCAGCCCAAGACUGGGCCCUUUGAGGACCUGAAGGAAAACCUCAUCAGGGAAUAUGUGAAGCAGACGUGGAACCUGCAGGGUCAGGCUCUGGAGCAGGCCAUCAUCAGUCAGAAGCCUCAGCUGGAGAAGCUGAUCGCCACCACAGCCCAUGAAAAAAUGCCUUGGUUCCAUGGAAAAAUCACUCGGGAAGAAUCUGAGCAAGUUGUCUUGAUAGGAUCAAAGACAAACGGAAAGUUCCUGAUCAGAGCCAGAGACAACAACGGCUCCUACGCCCUGUGCCUGCUGCACGAAGGGAAGGUGCUGCACUAUCGCAUUGACAAAGACAAGACGGGGAAGCUCUCCAUCCCAGAGGGGAAAAAGUUCGACACACUGUGGCAGCUGGUCGAGCAUUAUUCUUAUAAAGCAGAUGGUUUGUUAAGAGUUCUUACAGUCCCAUGUCAAAAAAUCGGCUCACAGGCAGGAAAUAAUGUUAAUUUUGGAGGUCGUCCACAGCUUCCAGGUUCCCAUCCUGCGACUUGGUCAGCGGGUGGAAUAAUCUCAAGAAUCAAAUCAUACUCCUUCCCAAAGCCUGGCCACAGAAAGCCCUCCCCUGCCCAAGGGAACCGGCCAGAGAGUACCGUGUCAUUCAAUCCGUAUGAGCCCGAAGUUGGGCCCUGGACUGCAGAAAAAGGCCCCCAGAGAGAAGCGCUGCCCAUGGACACAGAGGUGUACGAGAGCCCCUACGCAGACCCUGAGGAGAUCAGGCCCAAGGAGGUUUACCUGGACCGAAGCCUGCUAACGCUGGAAGACAAAGAACUGGGCUCUGGUAAUUUUGGAACUGUGAAAAAAGGCUACUACCAAAUGAAAAAAGUUGUGAAAACAGUGGCUGUGAAAAUACUGAAAAAUGAGGCCAAUGACCCCGCUCUUAAAGAUGAGUUAUUAGCAGAAGCAAAUGUCAUGCAGCAGCUGGACAACCCGUACAUCGUGCGCAUGAUCGGGAUAUGCGAGGCCGAGUCCUGGAUGUUGGUCAUGGAGAUGGCGGAACUCGGUCCCCUCAAUAAGUAUUUGCAGCAGAACAGACAUGUCAAGGAUAAGAACAUCAUAGAACUGGUUCAUCAGGUUUCUAUGGGCAUGAAGUAUUUGGAGGAGUGCAAUUUUGUGCACAGAGAUCUGGCUGCAAGAAAUGUGUUGCUGGUUACUCAGCAUUAUGCCAAGAUCAGUGAUUUUGGACUUUCCAAAGCACUGCGUGCUGACGAAAGCUACUACAAGGCCCAGACCCAUGGGAAGUGGCCUGUCAAGUGGUACGCUCCGGAGUGUAUCAACUACUACAAGUUCUCCAGCAAAAGCGACGUCUGGAGCUUUGGAGUGUUGAUGUGGGAAGCAUUUUCCUAUGGGCAGAAGCCGUAUCGCGGAAUGAAAGGAAGUGAAGUCACCGCUAUGUUAGAGAAAGGAGAGCGGAUGGGAUGCCCUGCAGGGUGUCCAAGAGAGAUGUACGAUCUCAUGAACCUGUGCUGGACAUACGAUGUGGAGAACAGGCCCGGAUUCGCAGCGGUGGAACUGCGGCUACGCAAUUACUACUAUGACGUGGUGAACUAACCACUCCCAUACCUGUUGGUGGCUGCCUUUGAUCACAGGAGCAAUCACAGGAAAAUGUACCCAGAGGAAUUGAUUGUCAGCCACCUCCUUCUGCCAGUCAGGAGAGCCAGCCUUGGAUGGAACAUGCCCGUGACUUGUCACCCAAAGCCUGUCCCAGGACUCAUACUCCGCAAAGCAAAGGCCAUCCCAGGAGAAAAGGCAGAUGUCAGGGUCAAAGGGGCUAAGUAGAUUUGUUCGGUUUUUUUGUCUGCAUGAUUUUCAUACAGGUUAUUUUUACAAUCUGUUUCCAAAUCCCUUUCAUGUCUUUCCCCUUCUCUGGAUCCUGGGGUAUAUUUGUUACUCAGCAGGUCCAGGGGCAUUGCAGGGUGGCCAAGAGCAUUCUCACCCCAAGCAGCCUUUUCCAGAUGCUCAAGGACACCUUAGCAUGUGACUCCUGAAGGGAAGGUAAAGGCGGAGGAAUUUGGCUGCUUCUACAGCGUGGCUCUGACAGCCCAUGAGACUGAUCCUUGGCCACUGAAAAGCUUUCCUAACAAUAAAAGUGUUUUGAGCCUUUAAAAAGAAAAUCAGGUUUGACCCGUGCAGUUCCUAAGCAUGUAGCCAGUUCGGGAAAGGAAAAAAAAAAAGCCUGGAUACUGCUUUUGCCGUCUCUGUUAUGAAAUGGAAGACAUAUGUUUGUGAUAACAGGGGACCAUUUGAA